AUGAACGCUGCUGCUAUAGAAGUUAUUAACAAAUUAAAAAAAGAAGAUGAAAGCAACAACAAGUGUUUUGAUUGUGGAGUUCCAAAUCCUGACUGGGUGUCAGUAAACCAUGGAGUAUUCCUAUGCAUUAACUGUUCAGGUGUCCAUAGAAGUUUGGGAGUACACAUAAGCAUAGUAAGAAGUAUAAAAAUGGACAUAUUCACAGAUGAACAAUUAAAAUAUAUAGAUAAAGGAGGAAAUAAAAAAUUUCAGACAUAUUUAGAAAAUUAUGGAAUUAAUGAUUUUAUACCUGAAAGAAAAUAUAGAACCAAAGCAGCUGAACAUUACAGAAAAAUUAUGAGAUCCAUCGUUCAUAAUUCAGACCCACCAUCUCCUUUAUCUCUCGAUGAAGGUAAGGACAUAAUAAAUUUUGGUCAAAAUGAAAACAUGAAUUUUAACGAAAAUAACAAAAGUCAUCAUUAUACAGAUGAUCAGCAGAAUUUUAUCCCAUCACUUAGUACAUCCGAUAUUUUAGAAAAUGUCUCAGCUACCUUUUCCAAUUUUAUUAACAAAGCACAAACUAUGACAACCAACACAAUAAACAAUUUAAAUAAAAAUGAAAUCCUCGAAACAACGAAAGAUACACUAAUGAAUAGUAGUAGUUGGAUUACUGAAAAAACAAAAAAAAUUGCCGAAAACGUCAGUGAUAAUCCAUGGUGGGAAAAGGGGCAAAGUAAAAUAAAAGAUGUUACUCAAAAUGCAAGUGGGUGGAUAUCAAGCAUCUCUUCAACAGUUUCUAGGACCAACAGCAAUUUCUUUUUUGCAAAUGAGUUUGGUGUGAACUCUGAUAAUGCUACUGGAAGUACAAGCACAAAUACAAGUGCAAAUGCAAGUGUAAAUUCGAUGAAUGUCUCAGCGGGUGCCAACCCUCCCAUUAAUAGUGGAAAUAGCGAAAAUAACGAAAAUUUUAAUAAUCGAGCUCCGAACAACAGUUCCGCGUUUAUUAGAAGCGACACCAAUAGGAGUAUUAACCAAAAGUGA